CGUCUUACCAUUCCCUUGGAUUUAAUGGUGAGCGUCGCUGUCGAGAAAGAGUUGAGCCGCUCUUACGAAGGACGUUGCUACCGUCGUUAGCAAAGACGCUUUCGAGAUACGGACCCCUGAGUGACCCAGAUAUCCAGAGUGUCAGUGAUGAUGAAGAUGAAGAUCAAGAUGAUGAAGAAUGUUGCAUUGCUGUUCGUGGCUGUGGGCUGCUGUGUCUGUGAACCCCAAACAUCCUGCGGAGAAGAGUCUUCCAGCAGCUGUGCUAUCUGCUCUGUUACGCAAGGCAUCGCCAUGUUAAUGGAGAAGGUCAAGCUUCUGGAGACCAGACUGGAGAAGAGCGAGAAGGACGUGGAGGAGCUGAGAGGCCUUAUCGGAGGUCGACCUCAGGUGGCCUUCUCCGUUGGUCUUUUGGACUCUAAUAAUGGAAACACCGGACCCUUCACUGAGGCCACCCCACUGAAGUACAAGAAGGUUUUCUCCAACAUGGGCAGCUGCUACAAUCCAUCAACAGGUGUGUUCACAGCACUGGUCAAGGGCAUGUACUUCUUCCGGUUCACCAUGUUCAACCACCAGGUGUCCAGUCCCAAAUCGGUUGUUUACCUCAAGAGGAAUGGUCAGGUGGUGGCAUCCGUGUGGGACAUGGGCGCAGGGGACAGUAAUGACACCGGUAGCAACGCUGCAGUCAUCCCUCUGGAGGUGGGGGACAAUGUGUGGGUGGAGCUGCGGCCUAAUACGGUCGUGUACGAUGACAGUGGACUCUCACUCACAACCCUCAGUGGAUUCCUGAUCUUCCCCAUGUAGACUAGACUAGACUUAUCGUAACAUAGACAUACAUUUUUUACAUGCUGUGCAAACAAUAUAUGGAAAAUAAAAUGAAGG